AUGCCAGUGAAAAUUGCGAUAUUGGCGGAUGAGGGGAAGCAGAAGAAGAACACGAGGAUCUGGAUGACGAGAAGAAUUGUGCUUGUAUGGAGCGGGACCGGCAAUGUAGCUGAUAGUAAGAAACGCGGACUGUUCAUCAAGCCAGCGUCGAAGGUUAUCGUUCGAUUCGCCAUAAUGAUCAAUCACGCAGAAAACUGCGGGUGGGAACUCAUCGACGACCACGGUCCCGGCAUGGUUAUCGUGGACCUCAACGGCAGAAUCAACAAGUGCCCCGCCAUCUUGCCU